UAAAUUAUUUUGGGCGUCAGAAAAGUAAAACUACCUUAUGCUUCCAUUCUCCAAAAUCAACUGGUAGUGAGGACCUUAAUUUUAUUCUCCCUCAUGAAAUCCGGACCAAAUCUGCAGUCCUGAAUCCUCAUAGGCGAUUAUCGAUAUAAAAAUUCCCUUCUUCUUAUUGACUAUAUUUUCGCUAACUUUCCAAAACUACAGGACUGAUUAACUGUGCGGAAUUUCUUGAUCUUGACCUUUAAUAUUGUUUGUUUGUUGAAUAAAGAUGGGGGUGGGUUUAUCUGUGCUUAUAGGCUUAAAGGCAGCGACUUUAUUUAUGGUUUUUACGUUUCUUAGAAAUCUUGGUUUCAUGUUGCUAGCAAUUCCAGUUUUGUAUGCAUCUUUGGUGUCUUUCUUGGUUUCAAUCGCUGCACAUCCAUCCAUUAAUCUGCCAAUACUAUUGGGGAAAGGCACGGAUGGGAGAUUUCCCAUUUGGUCACUGAUUAUGUUCAGUCCAUAUCUAUACUUUGUGAGACUAUUUUCUGCUUUGAGAAGGUUGAGAAGUGGGGAAGCUCCUUAUAGUGAGAUUUCUGAAGGAUUAUAUGUUGGAGGGUGGCCUUAUUCACCGGACAAAUUGCCACCUGGUAACCCUGCCAUUAUCGACUGCACUUGUGAGUUGCCCAGGAAAAUGGAGCUUUCGGGACAUGCUUAUUUGUGCAUUCCUACAUGGGACACGCGAUCACCUCGGCCGGCCGAGAUUGAGUCUGCCGUGAAGUGGGCUUGUAGAAAGAGAGCUCAGAAGAUCCCGGUAUUCGUCCACUGUGCAUAUGGUCAUGGCAGAAGUGUUGCAGUGAUGUGUGCACUGCUGGUAGCUCUUGGCUUGGCAGAAGAUUGGAAAAAUGCUGAAAAGUUAAUCCGAGAAAAAAGGCCUUAUAUUCGUAUGAACGCUCUUCAUCGUAAAGCCUUGGAAGAAUGGUCGAAACACCGGUUAUCUUCCCCCACCAAAAACCAAGAAGUCGGUGUAAGCUCUGUAAUUUUUGAGUGAUCUUUGGAUGCUCUUAACAAAUAUUGUUGGAAUCUCUAUUGUAUUUGGAAUAUCUGUGGUAAGGAUCUCAUUGUCGACAUUUAUUUCCUUGUAUAAGAUGGAUGUAGAAUGAAUGGUUACGAUAUCCUAACUAUAAUAUAACAGCACUUGAUAUUUACACUACUUAUGUUUUCUUCCAAAACACGCAGUUUUGGUGUUC